AUCCCAAGGCCCACUAUGCAGAGAGUGAUCCUGGUAGUGUUGUUGCUGUCCUGCAUGGCCGUUCUCAGCGUGCGUGCUGACAACAGCGAGAUGUUGGCCCCGCCCCCACGACCCGAGGAGUUCACUUCCGCCCAACAGUUGAGACAGUACCUGGCAGCCCUCAACGAGUACUACUCCAUCAUGGGCCGACCCAGGUAUGUACUCUCUCUCUCUCUCUCUCUCUCUCUCUCUCUCUCUCUCUCUCUCUCUCUCUCUUUCUCUCCCCCCCCCUCUAAGUUCUGUCUCUUUUCACCUUGUUCUCUCUAUCCCUCGCUCCCCCUCCCCACACGCACACACACCCAACCAACCACCCUCUCUCACACGCUCUUUCUCUCAACUCCCUCUGUCUCACUAUCUCUCUCCCCUCACUCUCUCUCC